UUUUUUAUGUCAAUUGUCAAGAAGAGCAAGAGACGCAGUCAGUGUGUGGCUUUGAAAAAUAUAUAAAAUUUGAGGUUCAUUGUAUCUAAAACUAAACAAACUAAAUCAAAAAAUAACUAACAAUCAUGAAGCUCCCCGAUAAAAAGAAAUCCAAAAAACAGAAAACAAAAAAGAAGACUAUAGCAAAACCUAAAAAGGAAAAGGUACUUUUAGUGGCUCAAGAAUUUAAAUUCGCGCGUCUUCUAUCUGGAAACGAGAAGAAAACUCGGGACCGUGUACUGAAAACUCUCAAGAAAUGGUUAACGAACUGUUUCGAGAAGAAAUAUGAAUUCAAAGAAGAUGAUUUCAUCAGAGUGUGGAAGGGUCUGUUCUAUGCUGUUUGGAUGUCUGACAAACCACUAGUGCAGGAAGACUUGUGUGAAAGUAUUGCAGAAACCCUAGACUUGUUUCCAGCUGAACAAAUAAAAUAUGCUAUAAUGAUGAUAAAAGCAGGCUUCAAAGUUCUUGCCACAGAAUGGUAUGGAAUUGAUCAGCACAGGAUGGAUAAGUUUCUAAUGUUGGCACGACGCUAUCUGCGCGGCAGUUUCCGCUGCCUACAAAGAUGUAACUGGAAACUCCAGAGCUGUCAGAUGUUUGCAAACAUGCUAUGCAGUAAUGAAGGUAUCCUAGCAUUAAAGACUCCACUGUAUGCAAGAAAUGCAGCAUCUCUGUCCUUGCACAUCACAGACUGUUACCUGGAAGAACUGUCAAAGGUAUCAAAAGGUCAAAUACCUGAUGAGAGUCUGGUGGGUCUUUUAUACCCUAUCAGCGUACAAGUGUGUGGUGGAGACGGCGCUCUCGCUAUAUCAUGCCGGAGGGUUCUGACUGCGUUGGUUCGGCAGAGUGAGCUUGGAAUGGAGUAUGACAUUGCUACAGAUGCUUGGAAAAGGUUGGGAUGUCCUGCCGGUGGACCUGAAGCUUUGGAGCGAGUUUCAGAUGAUGAAAGUGAUGAUGAUGAUGAUGAUCAUGAGUCUGGACAUACUGAUGAGUCUAUGGAAAAUGGUGAAGAAAUUAAUGAAUCGGGUCCUUUGGACCCUCGAGCAGGCCGCGUGAAUGUCAAUUUGGACCCUCUGCCUGUACCAGCCAAGCUGUUGGCUGACCAACUCAGAGAAUUGAUGGCCACUGCCUCGUCCAAAGCUCACAAAAGGGCCAAAAUAUGUUUAGAUCGUUUCGAGGAGCUGAGCCGCUCGUCGUACCCGCUGCGCGUGCCGGCGGCGCACGCGGCGGGGCUGGAGCCCGGCCUGCCGCGCAGCACGCAGCGCCGCGCCGCCUCGCGCCUGCGCGCGCUCGAGAAACAGCUCGUUACGCACUCCGACGAGCUCGCGCUCAGAGGUCUCAGUCGAAAGCACCGUAAAAGACUUCUGGCUAAGACUAGAUCUGGGCUGAGCAUCGUCGACGAACUGUCUUCAGACACCACACCAACUGAUUCUACUAAUGGCGACUGGCACGUUGAAACAACGGAGGCAGAAAACAAGACAAAGCAAAACGACUCCAACAAAGAAAAUAAAGCUGUUGAUAAGAAAAAGGACAGAAAAAGGAAACUUCUGGAAAAAGCCAGUGAUGAUCACAGUAAAAAACCUAAAACCGACAAGAACAAUAAAGCAAAACAGGUGGAAACUAAGAAAAAAAAUAAAGUUAACGUUAAAACCCCCGAAAAGAAUAAUGAUGUAAGUAAACAAACAGUUAAAACAAAAAAAGAAAACAAAAAUAACAAAAUUGUGUCAAAUAAAUUAAAUAUUGAAGUACCAAAUAGUGAUAAGAGAAAGGAUAAUAAUAAGUCAUCAAACAGUCCUAAGGCGAAAGAACUGUCCGUUAAUAAGAAAAAUACAAUACCUGAGAAAGUAUUAAAAGUUAAAACAAAUAAACAGUUAAACAAUAUUACUAAUGGAAAAAAACAAAAGGAUCCCAAGAAUACAAAAGAAACAAAUGCAAAUAACAAUUCAAAACCGAAACUUGUAGUGAACAAGGUUAAAAACUACCAGAAGCAAGUAAAUGGUAACAUUAAAAAAGAGGGUAGUCCAAAGAAAAAAGUUAACAUGGAAACACCGAAAAAGGUGAAGUUUGUGUUAAAAAAUAAUGGUAUGCAAGGAACGGUAGACUAUUACAAAAGUGUAAGACAGAGUCCUAACAUCCCUUUUGACAGCAGCAAACAACCAAUCAAAACCAAUCUUAAACCUUCGACACCGUCUCCUAUCAAUCCGUUUUUCAAAAAGAAAUUAAAACUAAAAAAAUUUUAAUGUUACAUUUUUGUUCAUGCAAAUGAAAAUAUAACUGAAGUACAGGUAAUGUUAAAUACCUAUUGUUAACAUUUCUAUUGACAUAAUAUAAAGUGUUAAUUGAAAUUACUUUAGUUGUCUACUUGAUGAUUGGUCAAGUAACUCUACAGUAUCUUUACUGAGUUACAGCUAUUAAAUAAAAAACUGUGUUGAUUGUUUACAGUUUUUUAUUUAAUAGCUGUUGAUGAGUGACAAAAAUAAGGAUUUUUGUUGCAUUGCUUUUAUGUAUAUUUCCUUAAAAUAUUGUUAAAGUUAAUUGUAAUUUAAAAAAAAACGAUGGAAUACUUUAUUUUCAUAAAACAAUUUAUGAACCAUUUAAGGAGAUUUUGUUUGUGUAAAAUACAGCUGUGCAAAAGGUAGCGAUAUGUAUCUCAUGUUUUUAAUAUAAACAAAAAUUAAUAUUGUGUUCCAUGUGCUAAAAUAGCACACAAUAUUAAUUUUUUUAUUAUAAUUCGAAUUCAAAACUGCAAUAGAUGGAUGUCUCCUUCUCCACAUUCACUUGUUAAUAUUGUUAACAUGGUAAUUUAUGAUAUUUAAAUUGUAUCAAACAAUUGUAGGAACACUAACUAUAAUUUUAAAAUGUGUUUUUAACCGACUUCAAAGAAAGAGGAGGUUCUCAAUAUUUUUUUGUUGUAUGCAUUUUAGUUACGCUAUUACUUAACGACGCCUUUACCAAUUUUGAUGAUAUUCUAUUUUUGGAAGUAAACUCCCGAGGUUGUCUUAUUACCAUCACAUUAGCAUAUGACGAUGGGGUCCUGGAUCCUGGAGAUAUUGAGGGAUCCCUUAAAGUUUUACUUUUAUAUGCACACUAGAAGGUGAUUUGGAUAUAUUUUUUAAGUAACUCGUACAGCCUAAGGAAUAUACUGUUUGGUGAAUGUUAUUAGUUAUCAGUUACAUUGCAACUAAUAAUGACCAUUACAGUUGCAAUGUAACUGAUAAGAAUCGCUUUUCAGUUUAGUGAGCACAUUUACGUGUUUUUGAAGUCGGUUGAUAAUUUUAUCAUUUUAAUAAUUUUGACUAAGUUGGUAAAUCAGGUUUAAGUAGGUAAGAUAUACCUAUUACUGAUGAGUAAACUAUUUUUUUUUUUAACUUUUAAACUGUUCAGCAUUGAGGUAUGUAACACUACGUUAGCAUUGUUAUGGUGCUCAGCCGAUACGGCUCCAUGUUACUUAGCACAAUUUGUUGUUAUUAUGGAUUACUACUGUAUGAAUUGAAUAAAAUGAAUUUUCAUU